AUAAUAGACUCGGCCAGGCCCGAAGCUCAGCCGUGCGACCACGGGUCUGCCAGACAUUGGCAGUAUCCACUGCCAACGGUUACGUUCAGCUCAAGCCCUACCUUCUAUGGAAGAAUUACUAGCGGCGGUAAAAUCGUGUAGGGCUAUCGCAAACUCAGUCAGCCCUCGCUGAGCCAGCCGAAGCCCACCAACGGAUGUGUAUGCUCGCCACUGCCCUAUCGUGUCCACAUACAGCAUCCUCUCGGCCCUGAAGCCGGUAGGUUAGAUAUAGCUUCUGCGCCUCUCCUUCGCCUUCGCGUAACCAAGUCUCCCCGGCGAGAACGAAGAGUAGUGUCUUUGGGACAUACUCGUGUACGCGCCACAACCCCAUAGGCCACCAACUUGGACAUAACUGUUCCAGGGUUGCACAACUAAUCAGCUGUGGUUUGGAGGCGCGCUGCACGCUUGUCGGUACCCAGCGCAAGCCGCAGCUGUAUCAAUCCCGUCACGCCAAACGCAGCUUCAUCAACGUUUUGCUGGUUCCCGUUUGGAUUUACCCCCGUUUGGUGUUGGAAACAAUCGACCACCAGUGAUCUAGUACUUAUGUUUGCCUGAUGUGUGAUGCCCUUGCGCUAAGAGAAGCGUGCUCUUCGUGCCUUUUCUGGAUGUGUGACCUUUGGACCUGACCCGUGCGUUAGUUCAGUGCUAGUUGACCCCGCGCGUAGAAUUAUUGAUAAUCAUUCGUUCGCCUCUAGGUUCUAGUGUGCUCUGUGACUGGAUAGUUUCCAGAGUUCCGCCAGUGCUGGGAACGCCCGCGUUUGUGGGGCGAGCAACGUUUUGAGAGAGGAUGCUUCCUGGGCGGAGUGCAAUCCACAGUGGUUGCAGCCUGCGCUUCUGGUCUCUCUGCUUCCUGUCGAUGAUCGCUUGCCAACGAGUGGCUGCAGUGAACACGCCACCAAGCCAUCCCACCGUAGAGGCCUUCCGCGUCAUCGACGGCAAAGAUGCCGUGGUGCGUUGCCAUAGCGAGGGCAUCCCGCCACCGGCGGUCACGUGGCAGUUUGCCAACGGCAGUUCUGUGAACACCGGCGACGGGCGACGGCGCGCCGUGGGCGGAGAGCUGCACUUCAGGCCGUUCUGGACGAGCGCCGAUUACCCGGCCAUCUACAAAUGCAUGGCACGCAAUCCCCUGGCCGCAACCUCCAGUGACCACACGCCGGAAAUCGGACAAAUACCCAAGAUAACACGUAAUCCAGAGGACAUCACAGUGGAACAGGGCAAGACAGGUGUGCUGCUGUGUGCGGCCAACGCAAGCCCCACUCCACAUUACAGAUGGUACAAGACGGCCCCAACCGGCCAGCCUAUAGCCAAGGGCCAUGCCCUGCACAUCGAGAGUGCCCAGUACGAAGACCACGGACUCUACUUCUGUCAAGCAAGCAACUGGGCAGGCACGGCUCUCACCCGUGCAAGAGUCACAGUACUCUAUUCGCCGGUGAUACUGACUAACCAGACAGAGCCGGUUCACCUGGAUUCUGCCGAUGAUCGGCAAGUCCUCAUUGCCGUGUGUGAGUACUCGGCCAAUCCCGCGCCCACCGUCCGCUGGUUCAAGAACAGCAUGCCGCUGGCGAUGGGCGAUCACUUCCGCGCGUCCAGCAACGCAACCACGGCCACCCUGCAUGGCCAGCGGCUGCAGUCGGAGGACGGCGGUCUGUUCUCGUGCGUGGCUACCAACCCCUUCGGCAGCGCAUCGGAGAGCUACAGGGUCAUGGUCAAGGGUCGACCUCCACCGCCAAACAUCACCGACUUACGCAUAACAGCACAUUCGGUGGAUGUCUUCUGGCAGGUGAUGGGAGAUGGGAACUCGCCCAUUGAGGAGUACACUAUCCAAGUCACCAGAGGUGACAGUGCUACUGUAAUCGCCGAGAAGACAGUAAAAUCAAAGCAGCUGCAGGGCACUCUCCACGCCAAUGGGCUGCUGUCCGGAAUGUACUACCGGGCUCGGGUUCUGGCCCGCAACAAGUUUGGUCAGUCGCCUCCGGGCGAGGCUCAAUUCCGCACCCAACCCACGAGACCGUAUCGUCCCAAUAUCACUGACAUCACGUCGCACCGCCUGAGGUCCCUGACCGUGCACAUUCACAUCCCACACAAUGGCGGCGAGGACGUCAGGAACUGCUCUGUGGACUAUCGGCGCAUGCCAUCCAGCGGUCUCUUCAAAGGCGAUGACCAGGUUGAGCAAGCUGGACGACCCAUGUGGCGGUCGGUGCAGGUCGAGUCCUGGGAGGCGGAUCGUGAGAUCACUGGUGAAAUCAAGGACAUCAUGGUUGAUGCGGUGUAUGAAGUGAGGGCGCGAUGCAGCAACAAACACGGCUGGAGUCGCUGGUCACCACUGCAAACUGGAUACUCACCCGCGACCGAUCCCGCCUCCAGGUCCGAGGAGGCAGUGGCCGGCAAGCCAUCGUCGACGAAGACCAUCAUCUACGCCGCUGCCGGCGUCGGCGGCGCCCUCGUUAUUCUGCUGCUCGUCGUACUUCUCAUCGUCUACAAGCGGCGAAGGCUUCGCAGCGACAGCACUCAAGUCACCCCCAGAAGUAGCCACGGCAACGGCGGUGGUAAGCCGUUCCCAGACUCACCAGAGUCGGCCACUGCUCGCUAUCAUCUGUCCUCUGCAGUGGCGCCCUCGGCUGAGGCAUUCGACGCGGGAAGCAAUCCCGGAGGAGCCGACCAUUCACCGACCGGCAGGCACUUUCGACGUGAAGGUCAGUUGAAGCUGCAACGCCUUGGAUCAUCACGCAGCACAAGCUUCUCAGAAGGCCUCCACAACCUGUCCAGACAGCAAAGUCAGUCACGGUCCCGUGCUGCAACCGGUGAUAACGGUCGCAGUCCAUACGAUCACGAGUCUCUCACGGCGGCACGUUCGUCAUCACCGGGACCAGCAGCAGCAGCAGCAGCAGCAGCAGCAGCAGAGGAAGAUCCUGAAACGGUGUACUUACAGGAACGCCAGCGCCGUCAGUAUGCGAUGAGCCGGUCGCUGGGCUAUCUGGAUCGCAACGGCUCGUUCUACCUGUCAGCCUCACAACUCGUCAACAAUGAAGGUGGUGGCGAAGGCGAGUACGGCGCCAUGCCAACCGAAGACCCGGUGCGGCUCGGUUGCUAUGGCGCCGAAUCACCCCGGGCAACCAGAUCGGGGAGGCAGCCUUUGGAUGACCCGCCCUCUCGGCGAUUCCCGCGCAGCAGGGAGGACCCUGAGAAUCUGAGUGGACGCGCGAGCAUUCUGCACGCCUCCAAACAAAAAGCGCUGGAAAGGUUCUCCAGCGAUGAGCAUGCAUCCAUUCCACGCGAAGUCAAAAACAAGUCUUUACCGAGGCACGCCGAAGCACCAGGUUCAAAGCCGCCAAUAGCCCACAGGCCCGCUGUUCGCAGUAAAACUCUCCCGUCUAAGAAACCACCGCACCUAGCCGACCCAGACUCGCCGGAGAGCGGCGCGUCGGGUUCCUUCAAGGCGGACAUCAGCCAGGGCGUGCUGGAUUUGAGACGGCCCCGACGCACCGUCACCAAACAGGUCAGCUACAGCGAGGACUUGCCGACGGCCGCACGACCACCGCUAGCCAUACAGGUGAUGAAACUACCGUCAUCAGAGUACGCGCAGAGUACGAAACUCAAAGCCGGCACUGCCCCUGACAGGCGCGCACAUCCGAGAAAGACCGGGCAGGAUGACGCGCACUUGCCCAGCAGAGGUUCGAGAUCAAAGCACUCGCCGGAGCGCCGACGAAAGCCCUCGGGCGACGGCCAUGCUUUCGCAGACGAGCCGCUGUCCAGCGAGCUUCCCCUCGGUAACGACGUCAACUUCUUCAACACCGCAGCCUGCAUAAGCAGCAGCAACAGCAGCAGCAGCACCAGCAGCCGGACUAACAUCAACACCAUCCACACUAGCUCCGGUGGUGGUGGCAAUGCAUUGCGAACAGUCAAUGAACGAGGGCCGAGUACGAGGCGAAAAGCGGACACGGUGCACGCCAUGAUAUCCGGUAGGAAUGUGCCGCCGUCCGCGCUGAGCAAGAAGAUCAGCAACGGCUCGCACCGCUCGCGCGCCGGAAAUGAAGAGUACGAAGUGGACGAUGCCUGCAUCGUCGAUGGCGUGGAAUACCCGCCGACGGAGGAGCGCAUUGAAAACGGAAAUGUCACCAGUCUCAACUCCUAUGUGUAGUAGGUGUUUACCGCUGGCAUUGUGUGUUGAUGGAUACUCCGUGGAACAAACCAAUCUGCUUUCUGGAUCCACCUUGCUGCAUGAAUUUAUCCUCCAUGGAACAAACCAGGAUGGAGCCGGAAACCCACUGUGAUCAAUCGUGCGUGCAACAAACCCACAUGGAGCCGCCAACUCGCUUUCCCCAACCCUUGGAACAAGCCCAGCUGUAUCAGGCGAGAGCCAUGGUCCUUGAGCUGCCAUACAGCCAACACCAUACACACCACUAUGUAUGCAGUGUGUGAUGCGGACGGUGCGCGAUCCGCUCACACAUGCUACCAGCGUGAUGAUGAUGCCGUGGACGACAAACGAGUGCGGUGCACGAGUAAACCUGUCGACUUGAUGCUAUCAAUCUAAUAUCUAUCACACUAUUGAGUAAUAUCCACUAGAUCUAUUUUAAAUUGCUUUGAGAGAAAGUUGCAAACGGGUGAACUAGAUCACUAAUAACAUUAUUUUUUGAACUGAGCUGUUCGGCGGCAACAAGAAGAACUAGGAGAUACACACAUGACAACAUUAGAGCUUGUACAUGUAUGUCCUGCUGCUUCUAGUGUCCAUCCGUCGCCAGGAAAAAAACAAGAGCUACAACAACAGGAGUACAUUUAUUUUGAAGCCUAUUUUAAAAUUGGUGACAAUUAUUCUUCAUACUAUGUGGGUAGCUGCCUAUUAAAUACAGUAAUACUGUUAGCUAGAGCUUUGAAUCCGUGCAGGUGUUCUGACAGUGCAUAGUAUUGUGCACUGAAGCUUUGCUGAAUGGCUGCAUUCCGAUUCGUGCUAGCUGCUCACCAGGGAGUAGUAAAAUAACGGUAUUUUACUACUCCCUGCCGCUCACCAUCUCUCACAUGAUGUUUUUAUGAUUGUCCCCUAUCCAUAGUCAUUGUAAUUAGACCUAAUUGUAAUGCCCUUGAGAACAGUGCUAGCGGC